AUUUGUCUAUAUAAAUGCCGUAACUUUCAGUGAUACAACAUGCAGUAUAACAUAAAAAUUAAUUGUAGUUAAACUCAUAUUGAAAUUAUUUAAAAUUAUUUUCAAUAUUAAUUUACGUAAGAUGUUCCGUAGCUGUGUUUUGCUAAUAUUGAUUCUAGGAACGUGUGUGGCUCACAAGUUCUACAUUCAUAACAGGUGCUCACACACAGUGUAUGUUGGACUUCUUGGGAACCAUAAGCUUGAUCAAGGUGGAUUCGAGUUGCCUUCUGGACAGAGUCAUACAACUCACGUUCCCAACAAAUGGUCAGGUCGUGUUUGGGGUAGAACCCGCUGCGGCAAUGGUAGAUGCGAGACCGGGGACUGUGGUGUAGGAAGGAUCCAAUGCAACGGAGCGGGCGGGGUCGCUCCCGCUACGCUUGCUGAGAUAACGUUUGAUGCUGGCAGCAGAGGAAAUCAGGACUUCUACGACAUCAGUCUUGUUGAUGGCUUCAAUCUGCAAAUGUCCAUGGAACCAAGAUCUGGUACCUAUAAUAAUCAUUCAAGUCGAAAAUACUACUGCAAGAGAGCUGGUUGUGGUACAGAUAUUAACCAGAUAUGUCCGGAUGAGUUACGUGUCUAUGGAACGGGUGGAACUGUUGCCUGCAAGAGCGCAUGCCUGAAAUGGAAUAGUGCUAAUUACUGUUGUACCGGAGCACAUAACAAGCCUAGUACUUGUCCGCCAUCUUACUUCUCAAAGAUCUUUAAAAGAGCAUGUCCGGACGCUUACAGUUAUGCCUAUGAUGACCAGUCCAGUACUUUCACAUGCGACGGAUGGGGUACUGGGCAAACUGCAUACGAUAUAACAUUUUGCUGAAAGGAACUUUCGCAUUGGUUUGAUUGUAUAUGUCAAAAUUAAUAACGAGUGUGAAAUAAAACAUGAGCAUUUAUUAAAAUUUAUUUAUUAUGUACUUGACUGAAGAAAACAGAAAUAUCAUUGUACCCCAUAGCUAUAGUAGUUUGUGUAAUCAUAGUGUUAUCCCUAAGAAUUUAAUUUCAAGUAUGGGUCAAAAAGCGGAGUAUUGUAUUUCCAUGAAGACUGCCAUUGAUUCCUUUAUUGGCUAACAUUAAUAUCAAUUAUUCAAAGUGCAUAGAAAGCAUAUUAUUAUACAUGUAUACUGUCUUAUGAAAUAUCAAGAAAUAUUGAUGAAGUACCAUGAAUACAGAGAUCAUAAUAU